AUGGAGUCGUAUGCGAUACAUUUGGCCAUGGCGGCUCUGACGGUGGAGAGGGAGAGAGAGGACAACUCCGAUGGCGGUGACUCACCGCAGCACAUGAAAAAGCGUAGAAGCCACGCGCGUCGCAAGGGCAGCGGCUAUUACCGGCGGAGCUCGGCGUCGUUGCCGGACGUGACGGCGAUCUCCGGCGGGAUUGACGGUGACGAUCAUAGGCGCAACGGCUUGCUUCCGGUUGAUGGUAUUCCUGCCGGGUUGCCGAGGCUGCACACGCUUCCGGAAGGGAAAUCUACUGAGCUUGCGAGUUCAGCUAAGAGAACUGGUAAUCUUAUACGACCAACUUCUCCCAAGUCUCCAGUUGCAAGUGCCAGUGCCUUUGAGAGUGUAGAAGGAUCAGAUGAUGAAGAUAAUAUGACUGACAAUGCUAAACUAGGCACUGUGGGGCCAGAUGGUAAAAUCCUUUUUGAGAAUUUACCGAACCAUGUUAAUGCCAAUGGAGAGCAAAUUCCUAUAGCUCCUUCAAGUAUGAUUCGGUCCCAUAGUGUAUCUGGUGAUCUGCAUGGUGUUCAGCCUGAUCCAAUUGCAGCUGAUAUUUUAAGGAAAGAGCCAGAACAAGAGACUUUUGCUAAACUUAAAAUUACUCCUACUGAAGUGCCAUCUACCGAUGAAGUGGAGGUCUAUGUGGUUCUUCAAGAAUGCCUUGAAUUGCGAAAAAGAUAUGUAUUCAGCGAGACAGUUGCUCCGUGGGAGAAAGAAAUUAUAUCUGACCCCAGUACCCCAAAGCCUAACCCAGCACCAUUUUUUUAUACUUCUGAGGGGAAGUCUGAUCAUUAUUUUGAAAUGCAAGAUGGGGUUGUUCAUGUGUAUCCUAAUAAAGAUUCAAGAGAAGAGCUUUUUCCUGUUGCCGAUGCAACAACCUUCUUCACUGACCUACAUCACAUACUUCGAGUUAUAGCAGCAGGGAAUAUCAGAACUUUAUGCCAUCAUCGACUGAAUCUUCUGGAACAAAAAUUCAAUCUUCAUUUAAUGCUUAAUGCGGAUAGGGAAUUUCUGGCUCAGAAAAGUGCUCCGCAUCGUGACUUUUAUAAUGUCAGAAAAGUUGAUACACAUGUUCAUCAUUCGGCAUGCAUGAACCAGAAACAUCUUUUGAGGUUUAUAAAAUCAAAGUUGAGGAAAGAGCCUGAUGAGGUUGUGAUAUUUCGAGAUGGAACCUAUUUGACCUUGAAAGAGGUUUUUGAGAGUUUGGAUUUGACUGGGUACGACCUAAAUGUUGACCUUUUGGAUGUUCAUGCAGACAAGAGCACAUUUCAUCGUUUUGAUAAGUUUAAUCUCAAGUACAACCCCUGUGGUCAAAGUAGGCUUCGUGAGAUUUUCCUUAAGCAGGAUAAUCUUAUUCAAGGUCGUUUCCUUGCUGAGCUGACCAAGCAAGUGUUUUCUGAUCUGUCUGCCAGUAAAUAUCAGAUGGCUGAGUACAGAGUAUCAAUAUAUGGUAGGAAACAAAGUGAGUGGGACCAAAUGGCUAGUUGGAUAGUGAACAAUGAAUUAUACAGUGAGAAUGUUGUUUGGUUGAUUCAGUUGCCACGACUGUACAAUAUAUACAAGGAAAUGGGAAUAGUAACAUCAUUUCAGAACAUUCUUGACAAUAUCUUUAUUCCACUAUUUGAGGUUACCAUAGAUCCAGAUUCUCAUCCACAACUGCAUGUUUUCCUGAAACAGGUUGUGGGGUUAGAUUUGGUGGAUGACGAAAGCAAACCUGAAAGACGCCCCACAAAACACAUGCCAACACCAGCACAAUGGACCAAUGUAUUCAAUCCUGCAUUUUCAUACUACGUGUACUACUGUUAUGCUAAUCUCUACACAUUAAACAAGCUUCGUGAAUCAAAAGGCAUGACAACAAUCAAAUUUCGUCCGCAUUCUGGGGAGGCUGGUGACAUUGACCACCUUGCUGCAACCUUUCUUACCGCAAAUAAUAUUGCACAUGGAAUCAAUUUGAGAAAAUCUCCUGUGCUUCAAUAUCUGUAUUAUUUAGCCCAGAUUGGCUUGGCUAUGUCACCCCUGAGCAACAAUUCUCUGUUUUUGGACUACCAUCGGAACCCUUUUCCUAUGUUUUUCUUACGAGGUCUUAAUGUUUCUCUUUCUACUGAUGAUCCUCUCCAAAUCCACUUAACAAAAGAACCUUUGGUGGAAGAAUAUAGUAUAGCUGCUUCUGUAUGGAAAUUGAGUUCAUGUGACCUAUGUGAAAUUGCCCGUAAUUCUGUCUACCAAUCUGGUUUUUCACACGCACUUAAGUCACACUGGAUUGGCAGAGAGUACUAUAAGAGAGGGCCAGAUGGAAAUGACAUCCACAAAACAAACGUGCCUCAUAUCCGGGUGGAAUUUCGUGAAACGAUCUGGAGAGAAGAGAUGCAACAAGUUUAUCUCGGAAAGGCCAUGAUUCCUAAAGAAGUUGAGAGGUGA